UCUGGAAUCUUUCUUUCACUUUCGCAUAUAUUUAUUAUUACUGAGAAGCAAAAGUAAAUGGGGUUCGGUGGUGAAAACAUGGCAUCCUUCUCUCUCUCCGGCUCUUCCGUCCGAUUCCCACCACCAUCUUCACCAUUGUCUUCAUCCCAAGCGAUUCCUCGGUUUGGUCGUCCCAAUAGAAAUGUUACCAAAAUCUCCAGCCAACGCCUUUCUCCAACUUCUCUUGGUUUAAGGUUCUCUUCCCUCAUUUUCCCGAGAAAAUCCAACCUCCAUGAACAUGAAAACAUGAUAGGCCUCACAACCCACUUACAUCAAAGGACUUGUCUCCCAGUGUCUUUAACAUCAAGACCUCUCUCCAGACCUUUGAAGGAAACCCAUCUCUAUUUCCCUUAUGGGUUCCUUAAAUCCUAUGCCCCAAGAAGACCAACAAGAGUUCUGACACUUGCUAGCAAUGACAACAAUAACAAUGAGUUGAGGAAAGAUCCUAAUGAGAGAGGAGAGAACGGCGAGAAACGUGAAGGCUUGGGAGCCAACGGUCGUGAUGGUUUGGGGAAGGAAAACGGACGGUCAAUAUUCAAUAGCAUAAGGUGGGGCGAGCUGUUGAACCCAGAUCCUGAUAACAUCUUGGCUGUCGGAUUGACGGGCCUGUUGACGUGGGCAAGUGUUCAGGUGUUGUGGCAGCUCUUGUUUAUCUCGUUGGCCAUUCUUCUUGCCGCUAUCAAGUACUCUUUCAUUGCUGCUCUUCUAAUUUUCAUUCUCAUUACUCUUCUCUGAAGUCUAAACAAGGACGGUUGAUUGGGUGCAGAAAAGCAUUGUCAAUGUAGUUCAGAAAUUGUACAAAAUGAAAACAAAUGUGAAAAACUAAAGGUCUAAAUACAUCCCAUCUACAAAGCAGGUGAUUCUUUUGGGCUUUUUGAGUUUGUUUUCAGUUACAAGUAUAAUGUUUUGAGCUGGAUAAAAGGGAAAAAAAGUGAAUUUUUUGUUCCUUCACUAUUCUGUUGCAAGGAAAUCACAGUAUAUAUUGCCGAACAAAGCUAGGUUCCUUUGGAUUUUUCUAGCUCAGUGUAAGUCUUUGAUGUGGAGAAAUCUGUGGGCUUUUGUUCUAAUAGGUGAAGUAGUCUUAUGAUUUCAUUACCUUUGGCCGGAAAAUGCCAGGAUUUUUCAAGAUAAGGGAAUCGAGUUUGUGGAUCUUUUUGAGAAGACGAAGUUCUUCGACACGGAUAAAGCCUUUACGGAUAUUUCUUUUUCUUUGAUUGUUUUGAACGUGAAAGAUAUUAUAGGGGUUAACUGCCAUGUACUUUUGAGUGACCUUUUUUUUUUAUUUCUCUGUUUUUCUGGUUUUUGAGGACUUCAUGUCCUCUUUCAUUUGUAGUUGGUGCCAUUAUCAUUGGAAGGAAGUUUUCUUUUAAAGAAAAACGUAACAUUUGGAGCUCAUCUAUUAAUUCCCAAGUGUAAUGUGGCC